GUUGCGUAGUCAAUGCAACUAAACGUAGCCUUCUGUCGUUGUGUCGUCGGGGCGUAAAACAAAAUUAAUUAUUAAAAUUGUGUAGUUAAUAUAUUUAAAACAAAAACCACACACCCACACACGCGAAUGUGUGCAAAAUGCUGAAUGACCAGUUUGUUGCGCUCCAGCAGCAUCAGGAUAUGAUGAAACACAACAACUACUGUUUGGUUUAACAACGCAAGCAAGCAGCGGAGACACAGCAGCAACAACAAAACAGGGACACAGCCCUGCAGCUCGACAACAACAAAACACACACACAGACGCAUACAAAGCAAGCAAGCAAAAAGAAAAAAACGAAACGAAAACAUAAUUUGGUCAAUUUGCAUAGUCGUUAGUGAGAGUGGGAAAGUAGAUUAGGUAAUUCACACACGCACAACACAUUCACAACAACAACAAUAACAAAAUGAGCAAACUGGAAACCGAUUCGGAUAGCUCAGAGGAAUUUUUCGAUGCCGAAGACACAACACCCAACAACAAUCGUCAUUCAACACUUGGUCGCAACAAAUUGCCAGCACAGGAAUUCAUUUUUCCGGAGCCAGCGGUGCGUGUGAAUGCGGCUGCCUCGUCGGACAGCGAUGCGACGCCCAUUGGCGCCAACACCCCCGCCACCCGUAGUCCCACCAACAGUUUGGGCGCUCGUCUCAAGCAACAGGAUGUAGUUGACUCCUCCAAUGCCUCCUGCACCGCCCCCGCUCAUGUCUUUGUGGAGCCGAAGCCAGUGAAGGGCGUGUCUGGUAGACAACGCUUUCAAGAACUGCGUCAAUGCAUGCAAAAUGAUGAAGAUGAUAAUCCAGGAAAUACACUCACACCUGAUUCUCAGAACAGCUCGAUGGAUGGCGUCUUUACCAAUCGACCCACACAUCCGUUUAAGGUGAUUGAAAGCGAUACGAUGAGCAUUCAGAGCAUGACAUCAUUGGGUCGCGUGGGACGCAUCUUGGCGGGCAGCAUCGAUCCAUCGGCAAUCAGCGUUGAUCGUGAAUCGCUAGCCUCAAUGAAUGCCCAACAGCAGCAGCUGCAAUCGCAACAACAGCAGCAGCAUCAACUACAACGUCAGACGCCACCACCGACAACAACAACCUCGACGUCAUCGACGACAGCGCCUACAACAAACGCCAUAGCAGCAGGAACUGCCAAGCAACAAACACAAGCUGUGAACGCCGCCAGCUCCUCGAGUGCAACGAGUGCUGCUGCUGCUGCAGCUGGAGUAACUGCAGCACGUAUAACGGCUGCCGAUAGUGCGACUAUAAUGCUGCAGGAACCGGAUGUGAUAGCAAGCACAAAGCUGACGCAAUCAAAGACCACAGAUUCCAUCACCUCAAGUGGCCCCGUUGCGCCGCCUCGCACCAAAAAGAAGUCACGCAAACUGAGCAGCAGCUCCUCGGAGCAAUUCAAUACGAACGAUGGCAUGCGAUUGCCGCCAGGCGACGCCGAGGACACCGAUAGCGACACGCGGUCUGUGAAAAGUGUGCGUGAUGUGCAGCAAAAGUUGCGUGACGAUAUUGUCAAGCAGUUUGAAAGUUCACUGAAUGAUGUCAGCGCGAAGGCGUCGAAUAUAACGCUAACAUGUUCCUCAACCAGCACAAUCGUGUCGGCUUCGGCGUCGACCACAACGACUCCAUCGUCGUUGGCGCAAAUUGCCGCCGUCAGUCAUGCCUCCUCGACGGUGAUGCAGGUGCGGCCAGUGAAGCCAUCGCAUUCGCUGGGCAACAGUGUGACGUCUGUGUACUCGAAGCCAAGUCCAUCCAACUCGGCCAAGAGCAACUCGGCGCCAGGUCGGGUGAGCUCCAUUGAUCCCAAUCAGGGACUCAAUCUGUUCAAGGCCAUACAGGGAGGCUAUGUGGUCAAGCCACGCGACGAGGCCAGCAACAAGGCGCAAGGACCGUCACAGGACGAGAUCGAGCGCAUCGAAAAGAUGCUCAUGGAGAGUGCUAGUCGACCCAAGCUUGCGGGCAGCGGUUCUAAUAGCUUGGGCAGUGCCACGCGCUAUACGGCGCUGUAUCGCGGCAUGAACGAUAAGGAGCGUCGUAAGUCCGCCGGGGAUGAGGAUGUGCUGCGACAGAUGAACAUUUAUGUGCGCACACGCACCAAUUCGGGCAAGCAGUUGACUGACUUUGAGAUACUCGAGCAGGUGCCGGUCAAGAAUCUGGAUACGGGCGAGAAUAUGCCGCUAUCCGAAGUGCGUUCACCGCCAGUGCCUGAGGGCUGGAAUCCGCUCUCGCUGCAUAUACUGAAGCUUACCUCGCAUCUGGAGGUCAUACAGAAGGAAUCGGAUGAGGAGAGCGUCAUUGGUAUACCGCCCAGCAUUGAGGGUCAGCCACCCGAUGAGGAUGAACUGGAAACGGAGGAUGGCAGUCGCUUGAAGAAGAAGACGGCAAGACUUAAACGUUUCUUUGGCAGCACAAUGCGCAAAACGGUGGACAAGGCCAAGUCCAUUGCAUCGGAGGUGUCGCAUGCACGGCACAAAGAAGAUGUUGCCGACAUUGUGGAUGCCAUGAAUCCUGAGCAGAAUAUCAAAAUCAAAGCAUCGUCCUCCAACAAGGGUCCGUAUGAGUUCACGAAGCUGCAACAUGUCCAGGAUCUAAGUGGCGAAGACACCAGCGCAGUGUGGUGCAUGAAAUUCAGUUCGUGUGGCCGACUGUUGGCGACUGCUGGACAGGACAAAGUGUUGCGCAUUUGGGUGCUCAAGGAUGCCUAUCCUUACUUCCAGGACAUGCGCAACAAGUACAAUGCCGAUCAGAAGUCUUCGCCCACGCCAUCACAAGAGUCGCUGGUGUCGCAGCAUUCCGCCGAAGAGGCCAUUGCCAUGGCCACAGCUGCCGAGAAGUGCACGGGCCCCUUUAUGCCCAAACCCUUCUGCACGUAUGUGGGUCACACGUCGGAUCUGCUUGACGUGAGCUGGUCGAAGAACUAUUUCAUACUGUCCAGCAGUAUGGACAAAACCGUGCGACUGUGGCACAUCUCCCGAAAGGAAUGCCUCUGCUGCUUUCAGCACAUUGAUUUCGUCACUGCGAUUGCCUUCCAUCCGCGCGAUGAUCGCUACUUCCUAAGCGGCAGUCUGGAUGGCAAACUACGGCUGUGGAAUAUACCCGACAAGAAGGUGGCGCUGUGGAAUGAGGUCGAUGGCCAAACGAAGCUUAUAACAGCUGCGAAUUUCUGUCAGAACGGUCAAUUUGCUGUUGUCGGCAGCUACGAUGGACGCUGCAUCUUCUACAACACGGACCAGCUGAAGUAUCACACACAAAUCCAUGUGCGUUCCACACGUGGCAAGAAUCGCAUUGGUCGCAAAAUAAGCGGGAUUGAACCGAUGCCCGGCGAGGACAAGAUUCUGGUUACCUCGAAUGACAGUCGUGUGCGUCUUUAUGAUCUGCGUGAUUUGAACUUGUCGUGCAAAUACAAAGGCUACUUGAAUGUGUCGUCGCAGAUUAAGGGCUCGUUUAGUCACGAUGGCAAGUAUAUUAUUGCCGGCUCUGAGAAUCAAUGCAUCUACAUCUGGAAAACCAAUCAUGACUACUCCAAGCUGAGCUCGGUGCGUCGCGAUCGCAGUGAUUUCUGGGAAGGCAUUAAAGCACACAAUGCAACUGUCACCUGUGCCAUAUUUGCGCCACAUCCGGAGGCCAUUAUCAAGCCGGAACCAGAUGAAGUGUCGAACGAUAAGUUGCCAAACAAUCAGCCGGAUCCGUUGGUCGAACAGCAUAAGAAGGGUUGUGGCUAUGUGCUGGUUAGUGCCGAUUUCAAUGGCGCCAUCAAGGUGUUCAUCAACAAAACGAAACCGAAGCACAGCAGUCUGCCGUAUACGGCCAUUGCGGAUUAAAUAGCGAUCAAUGAUUGUGUGUGUGUAGUGGCAAAAAUAAGAAAAAUAAUUGUGGGAAAAUUGCAGCUUCUCUACUUUUGAUUUGUUUCUUCUACUAUUAUUAUUUUUUUUAUUGUUUCUUUUGUACUGUAUUUAUGAGAAAUGUGUAUGUAUUUUAUACGGAUAACGGAUUACUGACUAAUUGAUAGCAUUAACGCUUAUUUAUAUACAUAUGUAUGUGUCUGUGUUUUUAAACCAACUACAUUUCGCUUAACUCUUAA